CUAUGGUUUCUAUAAUCAUGUUCUCUCUGGGUGGUUGUCAAAAGAAGAAAAACAAAACAAUAACUGAGGUUAUGCACAGUUAUUGAAUGAUUUUUACACCAUCGCCAACAACGUUUAAAAUUCCUUAUAAAAAGAAAAAUAAUGCAACCAGCAAACUUAAACGAACCAUUUUGCGGAUUGUGUCUGAGUACUGUACGCUAUACAAAUUGCCAAAAAAUAGAUGAUAUAAGCGACAUUCUAGAAAUUGUUCUGCCGGAUGUGAAUUUGAAGGAAAUAGAUAAACAUUUCGUCUGUGAAGUAUGUUCCGUGAAAUUAUUUGCGGCGUUUAAUUUUAAGUCGAUAUGUAUAAAUACUGAGGAUAUUAUUUUUCCUCAUAUUAAUGCCAGUAAAAAAUCAACGGUUGACUUAAAAGAAGUUUAUCUAAAAGAGAAGGGAAGUAUUCAAUUGAAUAUAUCCGAAGAUCAGAGAAUUUGUCGAUUAUGUUUUCAGUUGAUAACAUCUGGAUUUGUGUCACUAAAUGAAGUAGAUGUUGACAUAAUUGAUACAUAUAUACCACAAGUUAAUAUCAGUGCUACCAGUCAUCCUGUUAUAUGCGGACCAUGUUUUGAUUCGCUUCGUACUCAUGGCAGUUUUUUAAGGAACUGUCUUGAUGCACAGGAGAAAUAUAAAAGUAUUGAUAAACGACAUUACAUUAAAACUAAAGAAAUUGAAAUAAACCUAGAAGACCAUUGUCAGAAUGUGCAGGAAAAAUUUAAUAGUGCUGAUAAGCCUUUUUAUAUUAAAUCUGAAGAGAUUGAAAUCAAAGUAGAGGAAGAUAAUGAGAAUAGUAGUUCGUCUUCAUACGACUUAGAUAAUGAAAUAAACGAAAACAAGCAGAGAUAUGCUUCUGAAGACAUAGGAGCGAUAACGAGUGAACAGAUACUUAAAUAUGAGUCAGGAUUUAAUGAAAACUUUAAAACAUCGAUGUCGGUUCAUAACAUUCAAAUAGGCAAUAGCGAAACACCAGAAUUUCAAAUGAAUGAUAAAUUUAAAUAUGGGACUAAUACGCAACAGGAAAAUCCCUCAAAAAUUCAAAUGUAUAAGUGUGAUCUGUGUGAUUAUACAACUAAAUAUAGUUGGACUCUACAAGCGCAUCAGUGCAGUGCGCAAUUGCACAAAGACUCUAUAGAAGAGCAAAUGUUAAUGUACUACAAGCCUUUGGGAAUCCAAAUGUGGAAGUGUGAUAUUUGUACUUAUGAAACUAGAUAUAAGACAAAUCUAAAAGCGCAUAUCUUACGGCACAAAGGUGGUUCAGACAGUCAAAUGUACAAGUGUGGUGCCUGCAGUUUUGAAACUAGUCGUAAGAGAUAUCUAAAUAUACAUCAGUUAAAGCACAAAAACCCUUCAGAAUUCCAAAGGUACAAGUGUGAUGUGUGUAAUUAUGGAACUAAUUCUGAGAAGUAUAUAAAAAGACAUCAGUUGUUGCACAAAGACUCUUCAAAAGUUCAGGUGUAUCAGUGUGAGACAUGUAGUUUUCAGACUAAACGUAAACGUAAUCUAAAAAUGCAUCAGUUACGGCACAAACGCCUUUUGAAAACCCAAAUGUACACAAUGUACAAAUGUGAUAUGUGUACUUACGGAACUAAAUAUAAGUAUCUUCUGAAUAGGCAUCUGUCAAUGUACCACAACCCUUUGGGAAUCCAAAUGUGGAAGUGUGAUACUUGUGCUUACGAAACUAAAUUUAAGGCUCGUCUAAAAAAGCAUCAAUUGCGGCACAAAGGCCUUUUGGAAAAUCAAAUGCACAAGUGUGAUACAUGUGGUUAUGAAGCUGACUGUAAGAGUCAUCUAAAUUUGCAUCAAUUAUUGCAUAAAGACCCAUCGGAAAUCAAAAUGUACAAAUGUGACGCUUGUCCUUACGAAGCUAUACAGAUGAGAUAUCUAAAAGAUCAUCAGUUAAUUCACAAAGACCCUUCAAAAGUCCAAAUGUAUAAGUGUGAUACUUGCAGAUUUGAAACUAAACGUAAGGGACAUCUAAAAAGACAUCAGUUAUUACACAAAGAGCUUUUAUAAAUUCGUUUAUAUAUGUAUAUCAUGAUGAAAUUGCUAGAACAAGAACAAUAAAUGGUCAUUGGAAAAUUUUAA